ACGCCCCACCUGCUGCACCACCACCACCACCACGCGCCCCUCGCCCACUUCCCCGGCGACCUGGUGCCCGCCAGCCUGCCCUGCGAGGAGCUGGCGGAGCCCGGCCCCGUGCCCGCCGCCGCCGCCCGCUACGCGCUGCGCGAGAUUGAGAUCCCGCUGGGAGAGCUGUUCGCCCGGAAGUCCGUGGCCUCCUCCGCGUGCUCCACGCCGCCGCCCGGCCCCAGCCCGUGCCCCGGGCCCACCACCGCCUCGCCCGCUUCCCCCUCGCCCGCCGAUGUGGCUUACGAGGAGGGCCUGGCGCGCCUCAAGAUCCGCGCGCUGGAGAAGCUGGAGGGGGACCGGCGGCUGGAGCGGCUGAGCGAGGAGGUGGAGCAGAAGAUCGCCGGCCAGGUGGGCCGGCUGCAAGCCGAACUGGAGCGCAAGGCCGCGGAGCUGGAGACGGCGCGGCAGGAGAGCGCGCGGCUGGGGCGCGAGAAGGAGGAGCUGGAGGAGCGCGCGUCUGAGCUCUCCCGCCAGGUGGACGUGAGCGUGGAGCUGCUGGCCUCUCUCAAGCAGGACCUAGUGCACAAGGAGCAGGAGCUGAGCCGCAAGCAGCAGGAGGUGGUGCAGAUCGACCAGUUCCUGAAGGAGACUGCGGCACGGGAGGCCAGCGCCAAGCUGCGGCUGCAGCAGUUCAUCGAGGAGCUCCUGGAGCGGGCUGACCGUGCCGAACGGCAGCUGCAGGUCAUCAGCAGCAGCUGCGGCAGCACACCGAGUGCCAGCCUGGGCCGUGGGGCUGGGCCCGGGCCCCGGGGCCCAGGCAGAGUGCGAGAACACCACGUGGGGAUGGCCAUGCCUAGCACAUAUGCGGUGUCACGGCAUGGCUCCUCUCCCAGCACCGGGGCCUCCAGCCGCGUGCCAGCUGCAUCCCAGAGCUCAGGCUGCUAUGACAGUGACAGUCUGGAGUUGCCCCGGCCAGAAGAAGGGGCCCCGGAGGACAGUAACCCUGGGGGCAUGGGCUCACGGGCCCCGGCUGCCAACAGUGGCUCAGAGCGGGCUCAGGCCCCUCGAAGCUCAGGCCUGCGGCGCCAGGCCAUUCAGAACUGGCAGCGCAGACCCCGCCGGCACAGCACGGAGGGCGAGGAGGGUGACAUUUCGGACGUGGGCUCCCGAACCACCGAGUCAGAGGCUGAGGGCCCCUCGGACGCCCCCCGCCCUGGGCCUGCUAUGGCUGGGCCAGUAAGCAGCUGCCGGCUCUCAGCCCGCUCUGAGGGAGGCAGUGGGCGGGGUCGGCGAGCAGAGAGGGGCAGCCCCUCACGUUCCAAUGAGGUCAUCAGCCCAGAGAUCCUCAAGAUGCGAGCCGCCCUGUUCUGCAUCUUCACCUACUUGGACACCCGCACCCUCCUGCAUGCCGCCGAGGUCUGCCGUGACUGGCGCUUUGUGGCCCGCCACCCUGCUGUCUGGACGCGAGUGCUGCUCGAGAAUGCCCGAGUCUGUUCCAAGUUCUUGGCAAUGCUGGCUCAGUGGUGCACCCAGGCCCACUCGCUGACGCUGCAGAACCUGAAGCCGCGGCAGCGGGGCAAGAAGGAAAGCAAGGAGGAGUAUGCCCGGAGCACCCGGGGCUGUCUGGAAGCGGGGCUGGAGUCCCUGCUGAAGGCGGCGGGGGGCAACCUGCUGAUCCUGCGCAUCUCCCACUGUCCCAACAUCCUCACUGACCGCUCGCUCUGGCUGGCCAGCUGCUACUGCCGCGCUCUGCAGGCCGUCACCUACAGGAGCGCCACAGAUCCCGUUGGCCAUGAGGUCAUUUGGGCCCUGGGCGCAGGCUGCAGAGAGAUAGUCUCCCUCCAGGUGGCACCACUUCACCCCUGCCAGCAGCCCUUGCGCUUCAGUAAUCGUUGCCUGCAGAUGAUCGGUCGCUGUUGGCCCCACCUCAGGGCCCUGGGGGUUGGGGGUGCCGGCUGUGGGGUGCAGGGCCUGGCAUCACUCGCAAGAAACUGCAUGAGGCUGCAGGUCCUGGAGCUGGACCACGUGUCGGAGAUCACCCAGGAGGUGGCGGCUGAGGUCUGCCGAGAAGGCCUGAAAGGGCUGGAGAUGCUGGUGCUCACGGCCACCCCCGUCACCCCCAAAGCCCUGCUGCAUUUCAACAGCAUUUGCCGGAACCUCAAGUCCAUUGUGGUCCAGAUUGGGAUUGCUGAUUAUUUCAAAGAGCCCAGCAGUCCCGAGGCCCAGAAGCUGUUUGAAGACAUGGUGACAAAACUCCAGGCCCUGCGACGGAGGCCCGGCUUCUCUAAGAUCCUGCACAUCAAGGUGGAAGGCGGCUGCUAACCCGGGUGAGGGGCGGCAGGGCCCCUGCCAGCCCCACCCAGGGCACUCUCUUUGGACUUCCAGAGGGACCCUGAUUUGGACUAGACCUUCAGAGGCCUGGUGUCAUCUCUGGCUUCCAGGAAGGGGUUGACGGUUUCCUGUCCUCUCCUGGGAUAGCAGAACAACAGGCCUGACCCUGGGAACUGUCUCUUCAGGGCAGGGGCUUGGACAGAAGCUGCCCCCUGCCCCUACCCAAUCCCCAGCUGGAGCAGCCUUCUGGGCACAGCCAGUGAGGAGCUGUCACUACCAGCACCUGGUGUCUUCCCCCUGAGGGUCUGCAAUAACCACCCAGUGGCCCUUGGCUGCUCUGGCAGGCCUUCAUUCUUGAGGCCCAGCCUGCCGUCAGGUCCUCUGCUAGGCCCCAGGCAGGUCAGACUUGGUAAGGAGGGCUCUGCUCCUCGCCCUGCUCCGUCCCCGCCCUCUGUGGGGCACCCUUCAGACAGCCCACCGGGGACUGGGUCCACAUUCUCUGAGGAUAACACAUGGGCCGAGGAGCCUGGGCAAGUGUCAGCCGAAGGUGAGGUAGCGGGAGUGGGCUUGGAAGGGCAAAACAUUCACUCAGAUUUUCUCCCCGGGACAUUGAAACCAUCUCUCCCAAAGGAGGAAAUUGCCAGGAAGAGAAAAAAGUUUCUAUUGAUAUAGGCAAGACCUCCCUCCCCCAAUAACCACAUUUCCCGUACACACAAGAGCUAAAUUCUGAGCUAAAAGGUGCAUGUUUCCAUACCUGUCAGCAAUCCUAACCCAGUCACCUGUGAGAAGCAGUUCCCGUCCUCAAGGAAUGGCCUCCUUUUUUU